AUAGUGGGACCUCCUCAUCUUUCGACGUUUUUCUCGGAAUAAUGAUCGACUACCGCCACCGACGCUAGCAGAGGCGAUGAUGAUAAUGAUAAAUGAUAAUAAUAAUAAUAAUAAUAAUACCAUAGCAGAACGCGCCAUAAUACCAAAGCGAGUGGCGACUGUUGUUUUUUCUUCGUCCAUCCGUUAUCGCGUCCGUUCGCCGUUCGAGUAUUGCUCAAUAGCGCAUCCCAUUUUUGUUACCUUUCGUUUUUUUUUUCGUUUAAUAUUUUCCUUGCUCCAUCGGCUUUUGCGAGCUCGCACCAGUUGCGGAGGCUUAUGAGCUAUGGACGUCGAUAAUAAACCGGCACCAGAUGAUAUGGAAUCCACCGAAGCCGUCCGUUUCAUUUUUGGCCUACUGGACGAUAUAAACAAGCGCAUCGACGUGAAAUUACCGGCUGGAGGUAGGUACGUGAGGUUUAAUCUUUGAGCGAUGCCAACAUUGAUCAGUCGCCCUUUUAUCCCCGUCGACCGUGCCAUUUCGAUUUUAACAUGAACGCACUUGAGAUCGGUAUACUUGACUACCUUUGUGUAUCAGAAAUUCAAAUGCUAGUUGAUGAUAACAUAAACUCAAAAAAUUAUAAAUUCUCAGAAGAUGGCCAAAGAUUAAUACAUUUUAUUCUAUACUUAAACACUGAAAUGACAAAUUGUAAAUGGGUUAGAGAAGAUCCAUUGCUAAAUCUCAAACAAUAUGUUCAUGGCAAUACCCUCUCAAAUAACCUAUACUAUAAACUCGUGGAUAUAUUGAAUUUAAAGCCAUUUAUAUCCGAAGUUAUAAUGUAUACUCCUUAUAGUUUUUGCAGCGAUUUAAUUGAUAUUAGCUUAAAUAAAAUAAAAGCUAUGGAUGGACUUUCACAGUUAGUUGAUACUGAAAAUCUAGUUGUUUCUUUGAUGAAAUCUGUUAAACGUGGGCCUAUAAGAUCUAAUUCAGAAAAUUCUGUAAUCGGCCACUUCAAUCAAGCCAUGCUAGUAUUCGGCAAGGAUAACUUGCCGCAUGAUAUAAGAAGACUUGAUUUUGAAGAUGAACAAAAAGAAAUAACAAGAUAUAAUGGAUUUCGGGUGAAAAGCAUAUUUAACAUCUUUAUAGAGAUGAUUAAAUACAGAAGUGUUCCUGAUACUUAUAAACAGUAUCCACUGUAUACAUUAACAUCAUUACGUUCUUCUAUUCCAUCAACAGAUACUGGACAUGUUAUAUUUAAAAAAUGUUUUGAUGUGAUUAUGUACAAGUGUAUGAAUAUGUGCAAUUUCAGCAUUGAUACUUGGAUUGCUUGGUAUGAAGUGGAAGUUGUUGAAGAAGACACAAAUCUACAAGCAGCUAUUGGACAUUUGUGUUAUGAAUUGUGUAGUUUAAUAGAUAAUGGAACUAUUAAUGAGCGCUUAUUAAAAGAAUUCAGGCCAAUUCUACGUAAUAUAGCCAUAGAAAAGAUUGAUUUUAGUAAUAUUGAUAUCACUGACAUUGAUGCAAUGGCUAAAUGUGUUGAGAAUUCUUCCAAAUUUCAUCUCAACGCUUGGGUGAAAAAAAUGAUUGAAAACCCAGGUGUUUUCGUUCAUAACCGUGCCAUUCAAGUAAUUGGCAACUACAUAGACUGUGUUGAUUACAACUGCUUCAAAGCCAUCAUUGACAGUAGUAUGGCUUAUCAUAAAAAUGGAGGUGAAGUGUCCGAAGAUUUGGGAAAGGUAAUAUUUAAAGGACUCAAACACUUGGAUUUAGAAGAUGCAUCGUGUAUUCUAAGACAUGUUAUGGUUCACUAUGCUGAUUGUACAUUUUAUGUAUCAAAUGAUUUUGAUGAAUUAUUACUGUAUGUUACACAUAAUGAGUAUAAUGACAAUAUUGAUCCACAAGAAUUACUGUCCACAUUGAUUUGGCUUAUUAUUCAACAACCAAGAAAAAUGUUGAAUUUAUUAAUAUCGCAAUAUGUCACCGGUAUUUGUGGAUUACCGGUCAAAGGAAUCGAGUCUAAGAGAUCAUGUUGCCACCAAGGGUUAGUUAGUAUUCAUGCACAUAUGGAUCCUUCUUAUAUUUACCAAGAAUACAUGAACUGGUUGUCUUUUGAUUUAAAUUUAUCAGUAGACCAAAAACAAAACCUUCGUCAAUGGAUUUUAGGAACUACCAAACAUCUACGUGUAAUGAAACCAAUAGCAUUUCUUUCAAAUGUCUUAUUACCUCUUCUAAACCCUUCACCAAAUUAUGAUCAUAUGCUGUUUUUGGCUAUUUUAACUAAAAUGAUCUUGAAUGAAUGUCAUAUUAUGGCACUUCCCUACAUAGAAAUCUGGGAUACACUACUUAUUAAAUUGGCUAAAAUACUGGAUGAUGCACGUUGGAGCAUUAAUAAUUAUUCAGCUGUUAGAGUCGAAAUAUGUGAAAAGAUGAUCGUAACUAUACAGCCUCUUCUGCACUAUGUUUCGUAUAUAGAUAAUCAAGUUAAGGCAGAAUCUUUGGAAAAUAUCAAACAAGAAUUAUCAGGUUUACAUUUAAUGACUCGUUCUCAUUUCUUACGUUUAUGGACAUCUGAAUAUAUUACAAUAGAUGGAAUGGAUGAACAUUUGAUCAUGACUAUUCAAUCACAGAGUCAUAUUUCAUAUUCUAAUUUGAAUAGAUCAUCAACUCAAAGAGCUCAAGAAGAAUUAAUUUUCAGCAUUGCAACAUUUAUGCCAAAGUUCACAUUGCAUGAAAUGAAAAGUUUCAUAGCAAAUUACUUAAGUUCAGCCAAACCUCCAAACAUGAUAGAUGCAUCCUUUUUUUUAUUGGAAAGUGUGAUGAACUCUAUCAUGAGAAUUAUUGUGUACUUGAAAACUGCUGUACAAAAUGAACCUUACGAUAAUCAAUGUGCCUGGGCCUAUGUAGAAAAUACUAUUGUCAACUUUCUAGAUGCUGUAAAUACAUCAAAAAUGUGUUGUAUUUAUGAAGAUGAAAUCAAUGUGGUUUUGGCAAUUAACAGUGUUACUAAAAUUGUAAUGGUAAUAAAACAGCUUGAAAAUAUUCGUCAAAUGCCUUUAUUGAUUGUUAUACGUCGCUUGAUUGAUUUAAUUGUUACACGGAUGGAACCUGACGAAAUUUCAAAAGUUUUGUCUCUGUUAGCUUCUAUAAAAUCUCCAAAUUCUAGAAAAACAUUAAGAACUUCUAUUCAACGACUGAUGAAUAAUCUUAUCAUCAAAAAACAACGCGGACAAGAAGUAUCCCACCAAGGCUGAAAUUCCAAAUGUACAAGGAAACAAUUAUGUUUAAUUUUUGGUACUCUUUUAAAUACAAACAUAUACUAUGAAUAUAAGAGUAAAACAUGUUUUAGUAUUUUAAUGUUAAAUGUUAUUAUUUAAUUAUUAUUACAUACAUUUAUUGUUUCACAGGUUUAUAGUUAAUUAUUAUUAUUUUGAAUUAAUAAUUUGUUUUCCUAAUUAGAUCUCAUUGAUAAGAUAACUAAUAAGGGUUGACAAUGAGUGAGGUUAUAUUUAUAAUAUAAUAACAAUUAAUGAAAAGUUGCAACAAUAAAAUUAAUUACAUAUUAAGCUAAUUAUUUUUGAAUAAUAAAACCUUAUAAUGUAUUGGGUUACAAUUUUUAUUUGAUCAUAAUUUCUUAAUAUGUAUGUAAUUAUAUUAAAGUAACUAUUCCAUUAAAUAUUUAAGAUGCUAUUAUUUAUUUUGUUUAUCAUUAUAUAUAAUACUUUUUUUUUUUUAAUAUGAAAAGUAUAUUAUAUUUUAAUGUACUUUGACUGAUUAUUGUCAUUUAUACUAUUACUUUUUUGAUAUUAUAAGAUUGUCAUACUUUUACUUUUUAUAUAUUAUUGAAUUAUUCCCCAUUAAUUGUAUUGUGUUAUAAAUAGCUUGUUUAAAGUUCCUAAGUUAUUAUCAGCAGUUUAAAUUUAACAAUUGAUAUAUUGUGUAAUUUAAAUAACUUAUUAAAUUAUGAAAACAACAGGAUAGGAACUGUAUGAUUUAUCAUAAGCUGGCAUUGUUCUAUUCCUUAUAUUAUGUAUACAACUAAUAAACUUAGAUAACUUUAUGUUGUUAAAAUAUAAAGACAACUUUAUUCUCUCUGGCAUCCCUCCAAAUCGUUCAUUGUAUGUAUAUUGUCAAUAUUGAUUUUAAUCUAUACUUAAUUUUUGUUUUGUAACUACAAUUAUUGUAUCAUAUGUUGCUAAUUGAUAAUAGUGGCCAUAAUUUAUAACAAAAUUAACUAAACUAAAAUCUUUAUUUGCACUAAAACAUGCCCACCGG